GCCAAGUGCCAGCAGCAGGCUGCAUACGCCGCUCACCGACCCGCGUUUGCGCCUAUUUCAGUUCCAGUAUGACACUUUCACGCGCGAACACCUUUCUGCCAUGGUGGACUCGAUAGCAGUUAACAUGACCACCUCUGGCGGAAGCGGCAUCUCGGCAUCCAAGGAUAGCACCCCUGCAGGCUCUUCUCAUCACGAACACAGUUCGUCUCGUCUUCGGAGCGCAAAACGGCUCAAGCUCAGUCCUGCGAGCGACUUUUCGCCACAGGGCGACGGUGCGGCGCUUAUUUUUCGCCCUCCAAACUGGAGAGAUUACGUCGCAGAGUCAAAUUGUCUCAUGGAGAAGAUCAGGCAGGCGCGGGAUUUCUCGACGAUCUCUACCCAGGGUAUAACCGCGACGCAUGCCAGUGGCCAGAAGAGCCCGUCGGGCAUAGCGCAGCACAAUGCAGAUCAUGAUUCGCCUUUCCCUGUCAUGUUCAACUCCCACGUUCCAAGCGAAGAGUUCCCUCCCUGGACAGCUACAUCAAGCCAACACGCAGGCUACUCGUCCCUUGCGAUACGAGAACAGGCUUCAAAUCUUAUGAAUCAGAUUAGGAGCGACGUAAAGAGCCACAGAAGGCUGUAUUCGGUUGACUCUGAAGGGUCUAUGGUGCGAAAUGAGACAUCGUUCGCGCAGACCGCAGCACAGUACAGGCCAGAACAGGAACCUAUCGCGGAAGGCGACACUGAGAUCAUCUCCGAGGUCGGAAAUGAGUCCGAAGCCAUGGGCCGACCACUUCCCUCUCUGUUGGCAACGAUGGCUUCGAGCCAGUCGACUGCGCAUCCGGCUCCACGAGACGAAAUCGACCGGCAGUUGUCAGAGGACCUUGCGCAGGUCUCGUUGAAUGGCGAUAGAGUGUUACCCCAAAUCGUGGAGCACCCUGCCAGCUCGCCAAACCCUGCCUCGACCCUCGCUGUCGGCCCCGAUCCUCCUGCAGGAAAUAGGCAGACCUUACUUUCCCCACUGGCGGCCGUAACUGGGCCAAACUAUCCAGUCGGUACGCUCCACUCGGGGCGUAAAGAGGACCUCACACGGUUUGUGUCCUCGAGUACGACCUCUGGUGGGACGAUUACCUCGGGCAGCGCCUUAUCUUUUGUGAAGCAUCAGGGUCCACGGCACAUGACGCACAUUUCGCCCGACGAUCUCCCACCGCUGCCUGAUCGCGUCGGGAAGAUGGUUUUCGACCGGCAGAUCAUGAAGUGGGUGAAGGCGACGGCGCAGGGCCCGCCACCGACUGGGUUAUUGAGGAGAGACGGGUCUAAUGAGAGUUUGGAUCCCUUUCGCGACUUCGAAAGUAUACGUGACGACUCGCCCCCGCUGCCGGAAGCGCAGGGGCAUGAAGAACAAGAGGAAGUUGACAUGUCGCUUGAUGCCAGCCGCGUUGAGCAGGCACGUGACUCUGAGCCCGAAGACGCAGAAGAAGCGGAACUCAUGUCAUUUUCCUUCGACGCGUCUGCCGAGCCCCUUGCAGUGCAAGCUGUCGAAGCGCCAAACUCACAAGACUCGUCGGACGGCGUCGCGUCGACAGAGACAUCUGGACAGUUUCCGUCAGCCAAUCUCGCAGACUCGUUCGACGCGCCGCACACGGCCGUGCAGGAUCUGCAGCAGGAGCCGGCGCUGGAAGACACGCCGCCGCACCAGCUCGCGACACACACCGCGGAGAGGGCCGCCGCGACCCCGCAGUCCGCUGCGCAUGCCACCAACGUGCAGGGCAGCAGCAGCAGCAGCAGCAGCAGCAGCAUCAACCCGGCUCCCACGCCGCUGCGAUCUGCGCUGAAGAGCACGAGCGCGACUCCAGUCUCGGCGAUGAGAAACCCCGGCCGGGGCCGCCUCGAGACCCCUGCGCCGCGAAUAAGCCACCGCCGGUCUGUGAGCUUUUCUGACGGGAGGCGAGAGGGUCCCAUCGCGGGCCUCGGGCGCAACCAACCUACACCGACGCCCGAUGGCAGCAUCCUCGACGACAGCGCCUUUGACGCGGAGUUUGCAGAGUUCGCAGAGCCUGACAGCGGGGCCCCCAGCACCAGCACUGCGCUUGUGCCGUCCACGCGGUCGAAGCGCAUCGCGGAGAUGCUAGAAGGCCUCGAGGAGACAUCGUACGAUCACGACAGCCCGUCAAAGGCACAGGCGGCGAGUUCCGCGAGCCGCAUCGUGGACGAGCUGCAGCCGCUCGGGGCCCGGCGACCGAGCGGGGGUGGGCGGUCUACCAACCGGGAGAUCGCGCGGCGGAGCACGCCAGGGUCUGGCACGAACUCUGCGCGGGCACGGCGGAACGGGACGUUCCUGACCGAGUGCUCGUUCGGCGUCGCGCACGACCGGCUCGUGACGGUCAUCACGGACGUGCAGCCGUUCGAGCCGUACUGGGAGCAGCUGACGAGCAUCGACCUGAACGGCCGCGGCCUCGACAGCGUGGCGCGCCUCAAGGAGUUCCUGCCCAGGCUCGACUCGCUCUCGCUAAACAACAACCAAAUCUCGUGGUUGAGUGGCGUGCCGGGCACCGUGCGGACGCUGUCAGUCGCCUCGAACUGCCUGACCGCGGUCACGUCAUUCAGCCAUCUGUGCAACCUGGAGAGCCUCGACAUCAGUCGCAACAACGUGGACUCGCUCCGCCAACUGGAAUGCCUCCGGCACCUACGCGAGCUGCGUGCAGAUGGCAACACGGUCCACAGCCUCGAUGGCCUGCAGAAGAUGGACGGGCUCGUAAAGCUUAGCCUUCAGGGGAACGCGCUCCAGGGCACGCUCGACCUGACGAGCUUCCGGUGGACUCGCCUGGAGAUGCUGAACCUGAGCCAGAACAGGCUUAGCGGGCUCGUGGGACUGUCGUCCAUGCCCGCUCUGAUAGCGCUCAACUUGGACAACAACGUCCUCACCGAGCUCGUCGCGGAGGGCGCGAUGCCCCGACUGAGAAUCCUCCGGGCGAGCGGCAAUCGGCUGCACGAGCUGAACGCAGCGCCGUUCGCGAACCUUCGCACACUCUACGCGGACAGCAAUGCGCUAGGUCCGAUACACAAGGCACACCGGCUCACCAAACUGGAAAACCUCAGCCUGCGGAACCAGGGCGGGCGGAACGGACUUCCAUUGUCGCUGUUGUACGACGUCCGCGACGCGAGGCGUCUCUAUCUCUCCGGCAACCCGCUCAAGGCCAGCUGGAUCUCGCAGCCGUGCUACAACCUCGUCUACCUCGAGCUCGCGGCGUGCCGGCUCACGCGCCUGCCCGCGGACCUCGCGCGGCUGGCGCCGAACGUGCGGAACCUGAACCUGAACUACAACUUCCUCGAGGACGUGCGGCCGCUCGAGGGCCUCGUCCGCCUCCGCCGGCUCACGCUCAUCGGCUCGCGUGUGCAACAUACGAAGCAGCUCGUGCGCGUCCUCCGCGGCAUGCUCGACGUCGAGAUGCUCGAUUUCAGGAUGAACCCGUGCACGCUCGGCUACUACCUGCCGCUCCUCGUGCGCGACAUCCCCGGCGCGCUCCAGCCCUCGGACGGCGACCGUGAUCCUGGGCCCGCUUCGUCCUUCGCAGGCGCAGGCGCGGGCGCACCGGCAGCGCGGCGGGCACAGGGCGACGCACCGCGCGCGCGGGGCGCCGUGGUGGUGGUGGCGGCGGCGGCGGCGGACACGUCGGUGAGCGUGAUGCCGAGCCUGGGGAACGCGCUGCCGUACUCACCGGGCAAGCGGAGGCGGAGCUCGUCGCCGAUGCCUGCGACCAGCCCGAGUCGCGAUCGCGAGCGGGAGAGGGAGAGGGAGAGGGAGGGCAAGGAGCGGGUGGGCGGGUGGAAGGAGCUCGACGCCAAGUUCCGGCGGGACCUGCCCGACGCGGCGUACGCGGCGCGGCUGGCGUACCGCGGGCUCGUGAUGCGCGCGUGCCCGGCCGUGCGCGUGCUCGACGGCGUCGAGGUCACGGACAAGGAGCGCGACAAGGCCGAGUGCCUCCUCCGGAGCGUGUUGGACGGGCGGCGGCGGAGCGCGUGACGCGGGGCGCGGCAUGGGGGAGGUUGGAAUGGGCCAUGGAAGGACGAGAAGUCGAGAUGCGCGCGGGGCGCGAACGUGGCAGGCCAGGCACGCCGUCGCGUCGACGACGCGAAAAGGUUCUGUCGCGCGUUGUGGGGAACGGCCCCCCUGGGCUGUUGCGACGUUGAACGUCUGUGUGACCUUCUCGUCUUCUUUGCUAGUACAUCGUCUCGUCUUUUUCUGUGUUUUCGAUUCUU